UUCACCAGGCUUGUCCAGCUGUUCCCAGCCCAGUCGCCGGCCAGAACCUCAUCUUUGACCAGCAUGUCUGUCCGAUAUAGCUCCCAGACCUUCAGCUCCCGCUCUGCAGCCUUCCCUCGAAAGGGGGCCCAGGUGCGGCUGAGCUCAGUGUCCUCCAGGGGCAGCUCGGCCAGCCAGAUGGGGGGCUUCGGUGGUAGCAGCCUCUACGGCUUGGGUUCUGGGAGGCCCCGAGUGUCUGUGGGAUUGCAUUCUGCCUAUGGAGGGGCCUCAGGGGGAGGCUUUGGAGCCAGAGGGGCUGGCAUCCAUGAGGUGACCAUCAACCAGAACCUGCUGGCCCCACUCCAUGUGGAGAUCGACCCCCAGAUCCAGCAGGUGCGCAAGGAGGAACGGGAGCAGAUCAAGACCCUCAACAACAAGUUUGCCUCCUUCAUUGACAAGGUGCGCUUCUUGGAGCAGCAGAACAAGAUGCUAGAGACCAAGUGGAACCUCCUCCAAGAUAAGAAAUCAUGCAAAGGCAGUUGCCUUCCAUCCAUCUUUGAAGCCCAGAUUGCCGACCUGAGGCGGCAGCUGGAUGGACUGCAGGGAGACCGGGGCCGCCUGGAGGGGGAGCUGAAGAACAUGCAGGAUAUGGUGGAAGACUUUAAGAACAAGUAUGAAGAUGAAAUCAACAAGCGCACAGCUGCUGAGAAUGAAUUCGUGGUGUUGAAGAAGGAUGUAGACGCUGCCUAUAUGAACAAGGUAGAGCUUGAGGCCAAGGUGUACAGCCUGACUGAUGAGAUCAACUUCCUGAAAAUGCUUUAUGAAGUGGAGCUGAAUGAGCUGCAGACACAGAUCUCAGACGUUUCCGUGGUCCUCUCCAUGGACAAUCGUCGUAACCUGGACCUGGACAGCAUCAUUGCUGAGGUCAAAGCUCAGUAUGAGGACAUUGCUAAGCACAGCCGGGCUGAAGCUGAAUCCUGGUACCAGAUUAAGUUUGAGAACCUCCAGGCCCAGGCUGGGAAACAUGGCGAAGACCUUCGAAGCGCCCGGAAUGAGAUCUCUGAGAUGAAUAGGGCUAUCCAGCGGCUGCAGGCUGAGAUCGAGAAUGUCAAGAACCAGCGUGCAAAACUGGAGGCCUCCAUGGCAGAGGCUGAAGAACGUGGAGAGCUAGCUCUCAAGGAUGCCCGGGCCAAGCAGGAGGAAAUGGAGGCUGCCCUGCAAAGAAGCAAGCAGGAAAUGGCCCGCCAGCUGCGUGAGUACCAGGAGCUGCUCAGUGUCAAGCUGGCCCUGGACAUCGAGAUUGCCACCUAUAGAAAGCUUCUGGAGGGCGAGGAGGGCAGGUUGGCUGGAGAUGGAGUUGGAUCUGUCAAUAUCUCUGUGGUGAAUUCAGUCGGAGGAAGCUUAGGCAGCGGGUUGAGCAUCGGUGGAACGAUGGGAACCAAUGCCCUUGGUUUCUCCAGUGGAGGUGGAUCUGGGUCCAUGAAGAGUUAUUCUAUCAAGACCACAUCUUCCAACCGGAGGAGCAUGUGGAACUGAGCUUAGGAGCCAUUGAGGCUUGAGCAAGGAGUAAUGGCAAGAAAGAAGAGAGAGAUACUCCCCUUUGAUCUGCCUCCUCUCUCUGGAGCUACAGUGAGGAAAGAGAUAUGGAGAAGCUGGAUCUGUAGAUGGUUUUUUUUACCUUUGCUCCAUUCCCACCCUCCCACCCCAUUUCCC